AUGAGCAUCGACUAUUCAUAUUUAGCUCCUCCUUUGGGGGCUCAUUCAGUUUAACACACAGAUUAUUAUAUUAAACAUCACGAAAGAGAAAAAGGAGCUCGUAAAAUUUACGAUUGUGUUCCUUACGAUUCUUUUGAAUAAGAGAAGAUUAAAGAACUCAAACUAGAAAUCUAAAAAUUAAAUAUGUAGCUUCCAUCAGAUUGGAAAGAAAGUGAUUAUUUAAAAAUUGGCUACUCAGGUCGUUUCAAAAUGAAGGAAGUUAUUAAAAAAUUGCAAUUGCAUUUAUCUUGGAGAGCCAAUCCAAUAUAUCAUUAAAUUAAUCCAGCAACUGAAAAAUUUCUCAAGGAUGGUAUCUGUUAUAUAUUUGGAAGAGAUAAACAAUAUCGUCCCAUUGUUAUUUUGAAUGCUCAUCUCAUUGAUUUAAAGAAAUAUGAUAAAGAAACGAUAAUUUAGGCAUUGUCAUUUCAGAUGGGAAUAAUUAAAAAACACAUGUUCAUUCCUGGCAAAGUUGAAAAUUGGAUAUUCUUAUUAGAAAGUAAUGGUUUGGGAGUUUUUGGUUUGCCAACUAAAGCAUUAUAAGUGGUCAUAGAUACUAUGAGCACAAACUUCGGUGGUUGUUUGGAAAAGAUGUUUAUUUUAAACCCAUCUUCAGGCUUGAACUUUUUGUGGAAAACAAUAUCAAGCUUUUUGGAUCCUGAAACUGCAGAAAAAAUCAAUUUUUUAUAAAAGAAAGAGUUUAUGAAAUUACAGUAAAUUAUUGAUCCAAAUCAAUUAGAAUAAAAAUAUGGUGGAACUUAACCCAACUAAACUACAUUCUGGCCCCCUUACAAUCUAGAUUUAAUUGAUGGAAGAACUGUUCCUAAAUAAAAAUAGCAAAUUGAUCAGUUUAUUCCUAUUAAAAAUGAGGAGAAAUAGAUUCAAAGAAAUGAAGAUCCUUAUGAUAAUGUUGAAAAUAAUGUCAACGACUUUUUUGAAACCUAAAAAUAAUUGUAUAACUUUGAACAAAAGAAAUCAGCAGAAUUUGGAUAAGCUCCUUUACAGAAUUAUUAGGAAGAGGAAUAACCUUAAAAAUAGGAAUUGAAUGAUUAAGAUCAACAAAAAGAAAACGAUUAACAUCAUUAACCUUUAAUUUAGGAAGGCUAACAACAGUAAGAAAUUGAGCAAAAUCAAAAUCACUAAAAUCUCUAAUAGAAUUCAAAUUAACAUGUUGUUGAGGAGAGUAAGGAAAGGGAAGAUUAAGAUUAAGAUUAAAAAAAAUUAUAAAAUGAAGGAAUUAUUUCUAAACAGGAACCUGAAUAAGAAGUUUAGAAACCACCUGAAUAACAAGAUAAUUAAUAAAAAUAAUAAUAGAAUUAAGAAUAAACUCAAAAAGUUGAAUCUGAUGUUAAUAAUAAUAAAAAUUAACAUGAAGAAGAACUUUAAAUUGUAAGUAAUGCAUCAGCUACAAAAAUCAUAUAACCAGAAGAAGUUUAAGGAUAAAAUAUUGAAAUAAAUUAAGUUGAUCCUGUUACCAAUACCGCAUGUUGCAAAAGUUGUGAGAUUUUCUGA